AUGCCCGACGACAAGGCGCUCCUUGAGCGUCUCCGUGCCCUCGGCGGGGCAAGCACAUCCCCAGUCCAAAUCGACGUCAUGGAGAGAGCCAAGUCCCCCACAAGUGGAGACGUUCUCGCGGCGAGGUUUAGAUUGCUUCGGAGCAAGGCAGACUCUCCAGCCCCGCGACAGCGACAACCUCUCCCAGCGCAAGACACAAACGCACCCGAGACAACGGCGGAUGACGUAGACGCCGUGUUCAAGACGGACGACAAUGCUCUCGAGGAGAUGCUCGCCAUCGGCCCUCCCGCGGAACCCCAGGAUGUAACAGCCCUGCUGGACCAACUGUGUGCUUCUGUGCCCGCGGACGUCUCGCACGUUUGCGAAACCGAUCACUCCGACGUUGAUCAAGCGAGCCAGGAGGUAGACGACGUUAUAGCCCAGUGCAAGGAGGAAGCUGAACUGGAUUCCAAUCCCGGGGAGACGGGCGAUGUGCCGCCGUUUGAGCUUCCAAGCGCACCGGAAACCGCUCCCUCGUGUGCCGCGAUAGAUGACAUUCUGGUGCGCAUGGCUGCCUUGCGCUCCGUAUUCACUCUUCCUUCUGUACCUACGUCCAGACCUUCAAAGCCUGCCAAGUUCAGCAAGUUGACUUCCAGGACACGCUAUACAGACGACGACAUGAAGUCGUGGUGCACCGUUUGCCUGGAGGACGCCACGCUGCGGUGUAUAGGGUGUGAGGACGUGUAUUGCGCGAGGUGCUGGAGAGAGAUGCACGUUGGGGAGGCGGCGCAUUUCGACCAUCCAUCGCAUAGGGCUGUGGAGUUGGCGAAGGACGACGACAAGGAGGUUGCUUUGGGGGCGUAG